AUGUUGUCAGAAACAGUUAUUUAAUAAUCUCCAGCAAAGAAAAUUAUAAAAAGAAUACAAGGUUAUUAAAAAAAAGGAAUUUUAACUUCUUAAUAAGAUGAAUUAAAUAAUUUCUAAGAUGAACAUAAACAAACUUUAGAAGAUAGACUAAAAAUGUAAAAUUAUUUAAAAGAAGCCAAAGAAGAAAUUAUGAAAAUUGCUAAUCAAAAUAACAAUUACAUGAUCUUCUCAUCUUAUGAAGAGAUGUCUAAACAUAGAGAAACAAGAAGAAAUGAAGAAUAAUAAAUGAUUUUUAAACCUUUAUAAUUUCCAACCAGAAGUGGAUCUGUAAUUAGAUGUAAAAAAAUAUAGUAAAAUACUACACCUGAAGAAAUGAAUGCUAAUUAUGGUAUAUUAACUUUAGAGUAGAAACUUAGAGCAAAUAAAGCUUAUUCUGAUAGAUAAGAAACUAAUUCCCCUAAUAAAUUUGAUUUUACUGAGAAAUUUCAUCAUAUAGAAGGCAAAAUAGCUAAGUAAAAUAGAAUAGAAAUCAUUAAAGAAUAUAGUAAGAUUUAUAAAAGAGUAUAAAUAAAGGCAUUUCCUAAAUAAUUAGAUGAAUCUCAAUAUACUUCAAAAUACAGAUAGGCAGUUUAAAAAGUCUAAGUUAUAAACCAUAGAAAAAGCGGUAAAAACAUACUACCAGUUUUAUCAAUUGAAAAAAAAGAAUCAGUUGAAUCUGUUCUUUCAGAUCUCAAUUAUAGUAGAUGGUCAUUAGAAUAAGAUGUUAGUUAUCAGCAUAUUCCAGAUUAAAAAAUAAGAUUAUAAUAAAGAUUAGGUGGUGGGUUUACUAAAAUAAAUAGAGAAAAAUAUUUAGAAUACUAUUCUUCAUGA